AUGUUGUCAUGCUUCCGGCAGCUACAUACCCAAGGACUUGCACCGGAAUCGAUCAGGCAAGCUUCACUCGACAUAAUCAAGUGGCUGGUUCACACGUUGUGGAAGGAAUACCUGGAGCUUCAUUUGUGCGCCAACAACUGGAAAACCACGAGGCUCAUGAUCGAUAACUAUUCCCAAUGGUACAACUACCACAUCAAGAAAAAGGGUGGAAAGUGUGUGAAGGCUGAGUCUGAAGACAUGGGCCUAGAGGAAGAGACUGCCUCCGAAAUGAUCCCAAUCAUUAAAAAAAGAAGAUUGUCUGACUCUGAUGAGAACCACACCGCAAAGCGCCCACACAUAGAUUUGUCAUCAGAGGAUAUACUAGCAUCACCCCCUUCAAUAUCAACCGAAGAAUUAGUGUCACCCCCUUCGCCAUCACACGAUGGCACUACACCCGACCGCAAAGAGAGGGAAGUUGUUGCUGUCGAGGUCAAAAACCCUCUCUCUAAUCUUGUCCUCAAACCUCGGCCCAGACCCAUUUCACAGAAACCCCCUUCACCUUCUAUUGUUUCCUCAAGUUCAGGAUCCAACCCUGCUGUAGUGCUGCCCUCCACCAACAUCAUGCCAAUCUCCAGGCCAGAGAUCUCAUCGAGUUCCGAUUCAGCUUCCCUUGCUGUAAAAAUGGAACUCAUUGGAGUGACCCACGCCAAACAAACAAAACCCACGAUCAACUCGAAGCUUGAUGCCAUCAAGAAGCGACAGCUGAGCACCAAGCCGAUGCGCAUGAGCCCCAAGAUCAUGGUGCGGAAUCUUUGUGCCCUCGAGUGGCAAUCAAACAGCAAUCAAAAGGAACCAGCGAGUGUCUUUGCGACUUACUGGAAUGGGUUGUCUACUGCCGACAAAGAGCGCAAAGUAUCUGUUCACGUGGCUUCCUCAGGACUGGUUCAAGUGGACAACAACCACGAUGACUAG